GCGGCGCUUUCCUUUUCCACUUCCAUCUUGCUCGGUGGCUGUGGCCCUGGGCUCUCGGUUUCAUAAAAGUAACAACCUCCGAAGCUUCGCGGAACAGAGACCGAGGCCGCAGAGAAACAGUCGGGGCCUGAACGUACAGGACUGAAGAGCCGCCAUGCCUCAGAACGAACACAUAGAAUUACACCGGAAACGGUAUGGUUAUCGCUUGGAUUACCAUGAGAAGAGGAGGAAGAAAGAGAGCCGUGAGGCUCAUGAGCGAUCACAGAAAGCGAAGAAACUUAUUGGUCUGAAGGCCAAACUGUACCACAAGCAGCGCCAUGCCGAGAAGAUACAGAUGAAGAAGACUAUUAAAAUGCAUGAAAAGAGGAACACCAAACAGAAGAAUGACGAGAAGACACCAGAAGGAGCGGUUCCAGCGUACCUGCUAGACAGAGAAGGACAAAGUCGAGCCAAAGUUCUCUCCAACAUGAUCAAACAAAAGCGGAAAGAGAAAGCAGGUAAAUGGGAGGUUCCUCUACCCAAAGUCCGUGCACAGGGAGAAACAGAAGUGCUUAAAGUCAUCCGCACAGGAAAGAGGAAGAAGAAGGCUUGGAAGAGGAUGGUCACCAAAGUCUGCUUUGUCGGAGAUGGAUUCACACGCAAACCUCCUAAAUAUGAAAGAUUUAUUAGACCCAUGGGCUUACGUUUUAAAAAGGCUCACGUGACUCAUCCAGAACUCAAAGCCACGUUCUGCUUACCUAUACUGGGUGUAAAGAAGAACCCAUCAUCUCCACUUUACACAACGUUAGGAGUCAUCACAAAGGGAACAGUCAUCGAGGUGAACGUCAGUGAGCUUGGUCUCGUUACGCAAGGAGGCAAAGUUAUAUGGGGAAAAUAUGCACAAGUCACAAAUAAUCCUGAAAAUGACGGCUGCAUCAAUGCAGUUUUGCUCGUAUAAUGUUCUUUGGUUGAACGUGGACUGGAUUCUGCUAUAAAUAACAAGGCCCAUAUUGGGAGAUCACCUUCUGCUCAGUUUGACAAUAAAGUUUUUUUGUGUUCAAAAGCA